CACCAAUCAAAAAUCUUGGACACGUGGAAGCAGGCUCACAAAUAGUAUGAGCUGUUAUCGCAUGAUUGUUUCCCUCGAAACCAAGUUUCACCGUGCCUUGUGAACAGGGAUCUAAUGAGAUGAUACUACCACACUGGAUUUACUUUAUCAUCCUUCAAAAGGGCCAGCUAUCCUAUUGGAGCGCGUCUACACAUCCAUCCCUUUCCGGGCGUAAAACGACGACUGCCACCCCCAGCAGUGUCCUGAUUCAAAUAGCAUUAUAAAAGAUUGCACAGCCAAUACAUAGGUGAUGUGGAGUGAAGCCGAUGUAUCCAUCUUACUGUCAGAUUAUUCCAUGCGAAUCAACUCUGUACGUUCAUGUAGCAGAAGCUUAAAGUCAGCCUAUUUCAGGGCAGCUUGCUUAUUGUAGCGCCUUCGGAUUUUGAAGUCGUAAAACAAACACAUUUUUUUGCGGUUGUCAACAAUAUGAUCGCCAACGCACGAAUCAGCAGCAUACUUCGUCCACGUCGAUCCACCUUGCUAACCCAUCGCAUACGUUUAUUUGCAACCACAGCAGCAAAAGCAGUGAACGAUCGUCCGGUAUGGGUCUUGACCGACGGUGGCAUUCAGUCGACAUUGUCCGGCAUGGCACUCGGUAAACGAUUAGGUCAUGUCGAACUUAAAACUGUAGCUGUCAACAAAGGACUACAGGUUUUCCCACCGAUUGUUCAAAAGUAUUUGGUGGAUUGGUUUUUACAACGAAGACAAGAUAAUCGCAAAGCACCUUGGUAUUUGACUCUGAAGGAAGGAGAAUGGGGAGAUUCAAAGCCGGAUUUCGUCAUUUGCAGUGCACCCGAUGCUGUACCUGCAUGUUUAAGCGUAUCCAAGAACAACCCUACUACGUAUUCAGUGUACGUUGGAUACCCAAACAUACCAUUUCUAUACUUUGACCAGGUUGUUCUUCCAAAAUAUGAAAUGGAUGCAAAGCUCGCCAAACUCGGUCCUUUUUACUCGAAACAAAAGAAUAGCAUAGCCACACAGGUUCCAUUAUUAGAUCUCGAAAACGGCCAUGAGCGCUAUUUACAACCCAUUCUACCUGCAUCAUUUCUUGCUGGUGGUAAUGGUGCUACGACGUCAUCGCACAAUAUGGUAGCCGUGAUCAUCGGUGGCUAUACGCCUCAAUGCCGAUGGUACUCGGAAGAUGCUAGCUCCUUGGCUGAUAACAUGCAGCGUAUGGUCAAAAAACUCCAUGCAAAGAUCGUCGUUGUAUUCACAGAAAAAACGACUGCGGAGGUCAAAACAACAAUAAAGCAAAUGUGCAGUCAUCAGGCAGAUUCUAUUGCCAUUUGGGAUGCCAUGGCUGAUACUGAAACGAGCCUGACAAGAGCGCAAAUAUACCAAAGCAUCAUUGACAAAGCAUCUCGCGUGGUGGUCACAGCCGAUCUCGAUUACGCAGUUGCACACGCAGCAGCCAAACGUAAACCCGUUUACGUCGCUUUCGGUGACCGAUGCCGUCAACACUUGUUGCGAUUUCACCGGUGGGCUCGUGACAACCGCAUCACACGCAAAUUACGGCUUGACCGUGGACGAGGCGCGUCUCGUAAGCAACAACAGCAGCAGCAGCAUCAUCCAUUAUACGAUCCGUACAGUUAUUUGGGUAAUCAUGGACCCUGGGCCAAUGGGCACCAGCUUGUCGAGAAUGAGGCUGCUCUUGAACACGUACAAUAUGAGGUCACCGAAUUACGUCAGGAACGCGUUACCGGAAAACGCCGCAAGGAUUAAUAAAAUCAAUAAUAAUAAUAAUAAUUAUAACAAUGUAAUCACUAUGUACCGACUCUAGAAAGUAGUGCUGUGGGGUGAUCAUUAUGACGCGAACUUAUAUAAUACUGGGCGGUAUACUACUAUAUACUGACG